UUCUUUUUUUCUUUUCUAUAGUUCAAUUUAAAUAACGACACCAGCUAUGAAUGCAUCAAGAAAUUCCGCUUCAAAAUCGAAAAGAUUCAAUAAGGAAAAUAUGCAAGAUGAAAACGAAAAAAUAGUUAAAAAUAGAGACCGAAAUUCAAGGCCUAUGGACCCUCAGAAUAUUACAAAUAUGGCUACUUUAUUGAAAGCCAGAUUACAAUAUGCGCAAAUCAAGAUGGAAACAGGUUUAUCUACAGAAGGAUUGCAGAAAACUGAACCUGCGUUUAUAAGUUCUCCUAAACAACCUCGUCGUCCUUUGCCUUCAGAAUAUCCACCUUAUCCUACAUCCUCUACACCUCAGUCUCGAAAAUCAAGACGGAUGUUAUUGUCUGCGACUACAAAUGCGCAGAAUGUUUUGAGAAAGAGACGAUUAGAAAAGGAAAAAGACCAACAAUCCAAGCAAGAUGAAGCAGCUGCUUUUACUAUCUUGAUGUUGAGAUCAUCCUCUGAGAGGUCAGAUACUAGGUUGCAUAAAUAAUAAAUUCUCCAGUAGUCACUGUGUGUAACAAGUGCGUUUUGUUCCUUCUUUUUUUUUCUUCUUCUUCUAAUGCCAAAUACAGCGAGUAUUAUUGUAGGAUAUGGCUGUAUUUUGCC